GGAGAAAAGAAACCAAUACUAAUGCCUCUAAGUCAGUUCUGUUAGUUAAGGAGGAUUGUGAUGAGAGAGCAUGUAAUGUUUUUGAAGGCUCAGAUGUAGUAGUGAAAACGGAUGGUUUGAGACUACUUGGUUCCCCGGUUGGCUCAGAGUCCUUCAUUAGUGGGUUUAUUAAGCAGACUGUUGAUAAGUGGAUAGUGGAUUUGAGUGUCUUAUGUACCUUUGCUGAGUCCCAGCCUCAGGCCACAUGCUGCAUUCAAUCAUGGUUUAUUUAGUCGUUGGACCUAUUUUUUUCGUUCAUGUGAUGUCUCUCCUGAUCAUUUGACUGAGUUAGAAGAGAUGAAUGAUACGGUUGAAACUGAUACCGGCAUUGUCAGGGAAGGAUGCUAUUAAUGAUCUCGAGAGAAACUGGUUGGCUCUUCCAAUUCGCUGUGGUGGGAUGGGACUGAUCAAUCCGUCGGCCUUUGCAAGAUCUCAAUAUCGAGCUUCACGUGAUAUAACCCAGCCCCUGGUAGAUUGCCUUUUGUCUGGCAAUAAGGAUAUACCCUUUGAAGUGUUUAAGAGUCACUGUAAAGUGAUUGAGGAGUAUUUGAGGAAGAAGAGAAAUGAUUUAAAGGAAGAGAAGCAGAAAGUGAGAGACUGCCUCAGCUCUGAUAAGCAGAGAUUGUUGGAUGUUGCAUGUGAACGUGGAGCAUCAGUCUGGCUAUCAGCCCUUCCACUCAGUGAUCAUGGAUUUGAUUUGAAUAAAGGAUCAUUUAGAGACUCUAUCUGUAUUAGGUAUGGCUGGCAGUUACAGGAUUUACCAUCUUCGUGUGUCUGUGACUCGUCUUUCACAGUUGACCAUGCUUUGUCCUGUCCAAUGGGUGGUUUUCCAACAUUACGUCAUAAUGAGCUGAGGGAUGUAACUGCUUCAUUGAUGAGUGAGGUCUGUAGCAAUGUUUCUAGGGAGCCAGCUUUACAACCUAUCUCAGGGGAGUCUCACUGUUUCCACUGUGGAUG